AUGGAACCUACUUUUCCGCUAUUUCGACUACCCGAGAAUGUCAUCAUCGAAGUGAUCAAGAAUUUGUGGAUGAAUAAAUUGUUCGAGUUCUCCCUAAUCUCAACGAAAACUAAGAAUCUCGUGGCAUCAUUAGGAAUAGAAGCAAAUUAUGUUCGUAUCGGGAUUUCUCGUGUUGUUGACGUAACUGUGUACUAUGCACCCUAUAUUAUGAGUUUCCUGUUUUAUAACAAUUCGGUUGAUCAAGCUGCAUUGAUUCAUUUGGACUCAAAUCAACCUAUUUCUGCUUAUUUGCUCUAUGAAAGGAGAAUAGUUCGAUCAUCGACUCCAUUCAGUUUCAAAAACUGGUUGGAUCAGAUUAAGACUGUUUUCUGUUAUAGUAAACCACCAAAAGUGGAUUUUAUGCCGGGAAAUGUGCAAUUUGAAAUGAAAUCGUUGAAAAAUACGAUCAAAAGUGUCAAUCAGCUUUAUGUAUCUGGAAACAAUACUCAAUCUCGGAACAGGGAACUUCUGGAACAUUUCAAAAAUGUCAACGAACUAAGUCUAACAACGAACCCAUUUGAAGAAGCUUGUGAAGUUCAAAAAUACUUCAUUCAAAACUUCAAAAGUAUCGUAUUUCAUGAUGAUGUCUCACUUGAUGAUAUGUUAUUGAUAAACAGUGAGCACGUCCAAUUCACCCGUUCAAUAUCUCAAAAACAGUUCAAUCAAUUUCUCAAACAUUGGAUCCGUGGAUCUAAUCCUAGACUACAACGCAUGUUUCUACCAAUCGAUAUAGCGGAUUUAGUCAACGGAAAAGUGUAUUUAAAAGGAAUCAACUGCAUGGAAAUGAGUGAAGAAGCAAAAAGAGAUAUCUGUCGAAACCGCAGCGUGCCAAAUAAUGUUGAAAUGGUUCAGAUCAGACGGAACGACGGGACAACUGCAGUGAUUGCGACAGAGGACUUUGGGACUCCUCUUUAUCUCCGUUUUUAUGCCUGGUAA